CUAUGUCUGAAACUAGUACACCUUUUACUCCAGCUUCCACCUCUACUACUGUUGCUGGAAAUGAGACAAUUAUAAUCGAGAAAGAGAGAAUAAAUGGCCGGGACUUUCUCAAGGCGACUAAGCAAGAUUUUCGAGAUUAUGGCAUGAAGGGAGGACCUGCGUCAAGGCUUGCGGACUUCGCUAAGGAGUGUAAGGAGAAAAAGAAGCGUGCGUUUUCCUCAUACCGCAGUUUGGAGGAAGUGUUAGAAAAAUACGGCAUUAAGAGUAGUAGUAUAACGAGCAUCCCCCAGUUCACACCAGAGCUUAAGCUCUGCAUUGAUGACAUUCUUCGUAGGAUAAAAAACAUGGGGCCAGUCGUAGAUAGUAAUGAGGCUAUGCGUUGCGAAUACAUUUCUACAAUCCUUCAUACUGCUGUCAGCAUCCUCGGAGGAUUGGUAAUCUUGCCUCAGAUGAAUGUAUCUGGUGAAGAAAGUUCCGGCCGUGUAGAUUAUGCGAUCAAGAAAAUACUGGAUGAUUUGCUCGAAGAAAUAAUAUGCAUAACCGAAGGAAAGCAAAACCAGCCAGGGAAAGGAGUGGCUCAGAACCUUAUGCAAUGUCGAAGUUCGUGCGAAAUGAACUUAGAUACGCUCAAGAAAAAGCGUACGGCUGUUGAAGCAUUCGAGGAGUAUGAAUAUGUCUAUGGUAUCGUCACAACAGCCACGGACUGGUAUUUCAUUCUACAUAGCACCGAGGCUAUCUAUUGUACGAGCAAGACUGAGUAUCGCAUCUCUCUGACUGAAGACGCACUCAAGGACUCAACCGACUUGCGCAAGAAUGUGAAGAGGAUUUUAGGGGUUAUAGUGGGUUUGUUAAAAGAUAGGGUAUCAGCUAGUGAAGAACCUGCAAAUAAGAAGCGCCGUGUAGAAGAGAUAAUCAAGAAAAAAAUAAUUGUAUAGGACACUAGCAUAGACGUCAUGUAUCACGGGCUACGUCCCGAACAUUUGUAUUUAUUUUUUUGCAUGUAAUAAUAAA